AUGACAGAAAUCCGUGAAGCAAUAAAAGUUGAAUUAAUGAAUGAUCAGAAUAUUAUUGUAGAAGAACAUCAUCAAGAUAUCCAUAACCAGCUUCCCUUGUUCCAACCCGAUGCAGACCAUGAGCAAAGCGGCCUUAACUUAUGUGUUAGCCUACCUUUCAUUCAAAAGCUGAUUGCGGAGAUGGUGGGGACAUAUUUCCUGGUCUUCGCAGGUUGUGCGGCGGUGGCUGUGAAUCUCGAGAGAGAUAAUACCACUUCGUUUUCGUCGUCUUUGCUUGCCAUAGCACUUACAUGGGGAAUUGCAGUGAUGGUAAUGAUUUAUGCAGUCGGACACAUUUCAGGCGCCCAUUUUAACCCUGCCGUUACUAUUGCUUUUGCAACAUGCAACACCUUCCCAUGGAACCAGGUUCCGGGCUAUAUUAUUGCUCAAGUUGCGGGAUCAACCAUGGCAAGUGGGAGCCUUAUGCUAAUUUUCAAUGGAGGAAAGGAACUUAAGGAUCAUUUUGUGGGUACGAUUCCAUCUGGGUCGGAUCUACAAUCUUUGGGUCUCGAGUUUAUAACCACAUUUUACCUCAUGUUCGUCAUUUAUGCUCUUAGCACUGAUAACCGAUCUUCUAAAGUCAAUGCUGGACUUGCAAUAGGGGCUACAGUUUCAGCCAAUAUAUUGUUUGCAGGACCCAUAUCAGGAGCAUCAAUGAAUCCAGCAAGGAGUCUUGGGCCAGCAAUUGUAUGGAGUCGGGGCAAAGGGCUAUGGAUUUACAUGGUGGGCCCUACUUUUGGGGCAAUUGCUGGGGCUUGGGUCUACCAUUUCCUCAAAUUAUCAAAUAGGUCCUUUUGUUUUACAUUUGUUGAUAAAAGACUCCAAACUUCAUGGAAAGCCAAAUGUAAAUAA